UGACAAGAUCAUCGUCUCCACUAACAAGACCACGCCGGUUGAUGCCCUGGCGUAUAUCACAUUUGUACUCAACAGUAUCCGCCAUCAGGAUGCCUUCAACAUCAUGUCACUGGCUCCUGUGGCCAUGUACGAGCAACUGAUCUGGAAAGACCCGGCUAACUACGGCUGCAUUGAAGUGGGUAAGCACCUGCUACAACCACCGGAGGAGGAGGUACCGAACAUCCCCGAAGAGUCACAGGUGAUGGACAGGAAUAGCGGUACGAAAACCGGCACGAGUGCGGGGCAGGACAGGGGAGAAGGGCCGGAGGAAAGUACGCGAAAGAGCACGCAGACCCAGGGAGUGAAUGAUACGUUUGAUCUUAAUAAUAUGAGCAUGGACUUGGGGGUGGACACUCAGGAGCUCAGCAGUUUACCUACUCAGGCGCAGGGCAGCUCCCUGGAUCUGAGUCAAAACGCACAAAGGAUGCCCGAUGAUACGCUCCUGUUCAGUGACACAGAACUUGACAUGGACAUGGACUCGGCACAACCCAUACAGAGUGAUACAACGGCACAUGGAAAUAUAUAUGGGAAGGAGAGUGGGAACGAUAUAGACGGUAACCAUGGCAACGGCGCAGCGACCGAUGACAUGGACGAAGACGAUGACAUAUAUAAUGAUAUCAAUAACAAUAAUAAUAGAACUGAUAACGGAAUCAGGAAUAAUAAGAGGAGGAGGGGGAAGUGCCAGAUAAACGACAGCGAUGUGAGCAGUGCGAAUGAGGAUGAGACUGAUACAGAGCCUCUGGAGGAAGGCACACAGCAUGUCAACGAACGGCGCAAGGAGGAUCAGAUCAUUAUGAAGUGGAACAUGUCACAGUACUUGCCUCAGGAGGUGCAGACGGUAUGUGCAUGUGACUGUGUCUGUGGUGUUAUUGGUUGA